CCAAUCGACUUGAAGGCAGGAUCUAGCCGCGGCCUGGUAACCAUGACAAGGAUGAGCACCCUACUCUUUCUCCUCGUCGCCGGCGCAGCCGUCCUUCAUGCCGCUGCCGCGCUCGAUGCAACCGUCCCUGACGCCGCUGCUGCUGCCGCGCCCAGUGCAGCGCUUGACGGGAAGUGGAAACCGAUCAUCAACAUCACCGACCCGCACGUCCAGGACCUCGGCCGGUGGGCUGUGGUGAAGCACACGUGGGUGUACAACGACGGGCUCAGGUUCAGCAAGGUGGUGAGCGGCGAGAUGCAGAUCGUUGCCGUCGGCAUAAACUACCGGCUCGACGUCGACGCGCUGAGGAUGAACGACGCGCACGCCAUGUAUAAGGUGGAAAUGUUCGAGCAGGACUGGCCGACGGUCACCACCCGAAAGCUUGGAUCCUUGGUCCCGGCCAAGUGAGCCGUCGACGUUGAGUGUUUUUUUGUGUGUUGUUGUUGUAAUAAGACUUUGGAAGUUUGAGCAAUAUAUGGUCCUGAGCAACUCCUGCUCGCGCGGGGGCAAAAUGUUUCUCAUGAUCUUUCUA